CUCUGUGCAGCCCAGCAUUCAGCCCAGCCUGAGACUCAGCAGGUGAAAGGCAUCGUGGGAAAGUUUCUCUCUUUUCCAGAGAGGGUGUUAAAGUCUGGCAAUUUACUUUAUGGAGACCUUGGCAAUAUUGCACAGGUGUACCCUGGUAAACAAAGUAAUACCAACCUUGUGAAGAGAUUUAAAUACCGCCUUCACUGGAACAAUGUUACUGGAUUCUUCACUUUGUCAGACCUACAAAUAGAGGAUUCUGGGGUUUAUACCGUGGAGAAUGCAGAUGAAGAUGAAGGGAAGUCGACACAUACAUUUCAGCUGACUGUGUACUGUAAGUGUGUGUGUGUGGGUGUGUGUUGUAAAUGACAAAAUCAUUAAAGUGGCAAUCAGCAGUAGAAACGUUAAUAAAGCGUUCUCCCCGCCCCUAGUUCUGUAAAAAGCUGAGGGAUAGGGCUGGAGAAAUGUAACCACUCUCAAAUUCAUAGACAGAGCUAUGGAUGCAAGGACUGAUCAACCAUUAUAUAAGAAGUAUAGUUUUAACCAUGUUUUGAGACUAUAUAGUGUUUGUUCACAAUUUCUUUGUUUACAAACACCGGAGUAAAACAAGCUGAUGGGUUCUCCUAAACUCAGGAGGCAUUUAUAAGUUAUAUUAUUCAAGAAUCAAAGGGUACAUAUCAUUAAUUUAUAAGUCCAAAAAUGGAUAUAACAACUGCUCUUUGCCACUUUAAAGAUAAGUUCCAUUUCAGCAAUUCUAAUUUUUUCAUUAUUUGUCUUCCAGAUGUUCUAUCCAAACCUCAGGUGACGGUCCAUGACAACAGCUCCUGUAGCGUGGUGUGUUCUGUGGAGAACGGGAGAGAGGUGACACUGUCCUGGUACAGAGGAGGGGAGAUACUCAACCAGAGCAGCAGCCCUGACCUGAACAUCACCCUCUCUCUACCUCUCAAGGUGGAUGAACAGAACAGAGACUCUUACAGAUGUGAGGCUGCCAACCCAGUCAGCAAGGAGACCACUGUUGUUCCAAAUUCCUGUAUAAAGAGUGAUCCCUCCAAGGUGACAGGUAAAAAAAAAAAAAUAAUGUACAGUAGCAAUGUUAAAUUGCUGAUAUCCAGACAAUACCAAAUUCAAUAUGAAACAAUAAGUAUGGUAGAGCUCAUUUUAUGAAACAAUGUUUUAAUUAAAAAAUUGUUUUCUCUCUUUUUACUUUAGAUGGGGAUGAGAGGACUCGAGGUUGUCUUAUUAUUGCUGUAAUCUGCGUUUUGUUUGCCUCCGGACUUGUUGGACUUGCAAUCUAUCUAAAGAAGGGUAGAAAUGGACACUCACAAGGCAGGUAUUUAUCUUUUAGCGGGGUGAGGUCAUUCUCCUUGUCAAAGUCAAACCUUUUUAAAUGAUCAAGGAUAGUGUUUUGGAAAAGGUAGGAAAUGUUUGCCUGAACAACAGAUGCAGGUCAAAUGAAGAGACAUGUCUUCCACACUUCCUCUGCUUGGUCAGACAGUUUCAUUAUCUCAGACCACUUCUCUAAAUGUUGAAAAAGCAGAAGGAACAUAUACACACACACACACUCUGACAAUGAUUACUUUAUAGCUUCGCUGGCUCCAAAAGGAUUGCUAGCACAGACACAGGUAUCCAUAGUAACAUGAGUCGUUAGUGUUUGCAGAACCUGUCUUGGGGGUGAGCAUUUGUGCAUAUCUGCCAGUUACUCCCACCCACACUGUAUUUUUCAUUUCCUUUAUUUGUCUUUAUAGAUUCACCCGGAAGAAAGCAAGAUGAAAUAGAGUAUGCAGAGAUAACUCACAUUAAUCCAGCAGAUAACCAGGUUAGGAAUAAUGCUACAGUCUGAUAAACAUAGGAGACGUAAUACAGCAGCUUUUGCAGCCCUCAUGGCUACAACUAUAGGAUUUAUUUUUGUGCCAGUAGGUUAAUUUGGUCUUGAGUUGCACAGACCACCUGAGUUUGAUACCAAAACUGGUUGGUCGGGUUGCAUAAUGAGAAGCCACUGUAAGGUUCUGUAUUUAUUUUCUUAGUCAACCUUGUGUUCUUGAACGUAGCCCUGCUUCUUUGUGUUCUUGAACAUAGCCCUGUCUUUCAUGUUUGUUAAUUGAUUUCACCUGUGUUUGUUACUCACCUGGUCUCAUCAGCUCCUUAUUUAGUUCAGUUCAUUCUGUUUGUGCCUUGUGAGGUAUUGUUCGUUUUGACUCUACUAAGCCUUUUCCUAGCUUGUUUGUGAGAACCAGUUAUAGCCUUCAGUCCUAGUUUUUGAGUCUCCUGCCUGUUUGCCUACCUGUGUAUGACCAUUGCCUACCUGUGACCACGAUUCAUGCCUUUUGCGAAGGCGAAAUAAACACCUGCCGCGCUCUGCACGUGUGUCACGUUCGUUUACAGACGGGACGGACCAAGGCGCAGCGUGAUAUGCGUACAUGUUUAUUAAAUAUUAAACACAACGACAAAAUAACAAACAAAACGAAACGUGAAGUCCAAGGCAGCACAACACAACAUACCUUAACUGGAACAAGAUCCCACAACCCACUAGUGCCAAUAGGCUACCUAAGUAUGGUCCCCAAUCAGAGACAACGAGCUACAGCUGCCUCUGAUUGGGAACCACACAACAUAGAUCUACACGAUCUAGAUCUAAACAUAGAAAAUGCAACAUAGAACAUACAACACAGAAAAUACACACCUUGACUCAACAAAUAAGAGUCCCCAGAGUCAGGGCGUGACAGUACACCCCCCCCCCCCCCCCCCCCACAAAGGUGCGGACUCCGAUCGCACAAAAUAACCAUAACAGGGUAGGGGCCGGGUGGGCAUUCCGCCUCGGAGGCGGAUCCGGCUCAGGGCGUGACGACCACUUACUCUCCGCCUCCCUGUUGCGCCCCUGGUCUGGUCUGGACCUCGGCGCGCUGCUUCCCCUCUCCUUCCUCUCACGAAGUACCAAGCCCUGUCUGGAUCCUGGUGUGGGAGACCCCGAAACUGGAGAGGGGCUGACGUCUGGGUCUGGACUGGAGCCGCUGACCGGAGCUGGACCGGGCACCGGUGGAGCGGACUGCUCUGGCUCCAGAGUGGAGCAGCUGACCGGAGCUGGAUCAGGCACCGGUGGAGCGGACUGCUUUGGCUCCGGAGUGGAGCCGCUGACCGGAGCUGGACUGGACCCCGGUGAAGCGGAUUGCUCUGGCUCCGGAGUGGAGCAGCUGACCGGAGCUAAACUGGGCACCGGUGGAGCGGACUGCUCUGGCUCCGGAGUGGAGCAGCUGGCCGGUGCCGGACCAGGCACCGGUGGAACAUGCACGGGCCGUGCCGGACUGGACACACGCACCACUGGCUUGGUGUGGGGAGCAGGAACGGGCCGGACCGGGCUGGCGACGCGCACCACUGGCUUGGUGCGGGGAGCAGGAACAGGCCGUACCGGUCUGGUGACGCGCACCACUGACCUGGUGCGGGGAGCAGGAACAGGCCGGGCCGGGCUGGCGACGCGCACCACUGGCUUGGUGCGAGGGGCAGGAACAGGCCGGGCCGGGCUGGCGACACGCACCACUGGCUUGGUGCGAGGGGCAGGAACAGGCCGGGCCGGGCUGGCGAUGCAUACCACUGGCUUGGUGCGAGGGACAGGAACAGGCCGGACCGGGCUGGUGACGCGCACCACUGGCUUGGUGCGAGGAGCAGGAACAGGCCGGGCCGGGCUGGCGACGCGAACCACUGGCUUGGUGCGAGGGGCAGGAACAGGCCGGGCCGGGCAGGCGACGCGCACCACUGGCUUGGUGCGAGGAGCAGGAACAGGCCGGACCGGGCUGGUGACGCGCACCACUGGCUUGGUGCGAGGAGCAGGAACAGGCCGGGCCGGGCUGGCGACGCGAACCACUGGCUUGGUGCGAGGGGCAGGAACAGGCCGGGCCGGGCUGGCGACGCGCACCACUGGCUUGGUGCGAGGAGCAGGAACAGGCCGGGCCGGGCUGGCGACGCGCACCACUGGCUUGGUGCGAGGGGCAGGAACAGGCCGGGCCGGGGUGGCGACGCUCACCACUGGCUUGGUGCGAGGGACAGGAACAGGCCGGACCGGGCUGGCGACACGCACCACUUGCUUGGUGCGAGGAGCGGGACUGGGUUCCUUUAUUAACCCCCGCUCCUUCUGCUGCCUAACCAGCUCCUCUCGCCGUGCCUCUACACUCUCCUUCUCCCUUAUAGCCUCCUGUAGCGCCUCCCUCUGACCGAAUAACUCCUGCUCCCUCUGAACCAAUAGCCCCCGUAACAUGGUGGCCUCCUCUCCUAACCUGCAGACCCGCCCUUUAACGGCCUCCUGCUGCCUCGUCGUCCACACCGUGUGCCCCCCCCCAAAAAAAUGUUAUUGGGGUUGCCUCUCGGGUCUCUGUUGUCGGCACUCCUCCUCCUGUGAGGACUCCUCCGGGAGCCCCCACGAGUUAGGGAACAGAAACUCGUCGUCAUCCUCCGACUCCUCAGUAUAAUACUGUUCCUACUCCUCUUCCCAUGGUCGUAGGGACCCAAUCUGAAAACCGACCGGGUGCAGUGGUCGGGGCUCUUCUCUCUCGCUCCCCGACCACCCCUUUAGCUCCCCCCAAAAACUUUCUUGGGGCUGUCUCUCGGGCUUCCUCCUCGACCGGCGUCCUCUGCGUUGCCGUUGCUCCUCUCCUGCCUGGGUAUCUACCUUCGCCCAUGGCCCUUUCCCCGCGAAUAUCUCUUCCCAUGACAACAAUUUGCCCACCUGGGACAUGGCUAUUCGCUCCUCCUGGGCAUGCUGCUUGGUCCUCGUUUGGUGGGAUCUUCUGUCACGAUCGUUUACAGACGGGACGGACCAAGGCGCCGUGUGAUAUCCGUACAUGUUUAUUAAAUAUUAAACACAACGACAAAAUAACAAACAAAACGAACCGUGAAGUCCAAGGCAGCACAACACAACAUACCUUAACUGGAACAAGAUCCCACAACCCACUAGUGCCAAUAGGCUACCUAAGUAUGGUCCCCAAUCAGAGACAACGAGCUACAGCUGCCUCUGAUUGGGAACCACAACGGCCAACAUAGAUCUACACGAUCUAGAUCUAAACAUAGAAAAUGCAACAUAGAACAUACCACACAGAAAAUACACACCCUGACUCAACAAAUACGAGUCCCCAGAGUCAGGGCGUGACAGCGUGAAUCUACACCUUUUUCUCCCUGAGUAUUCAUUACAGCCACACAGCACAUAUUGUAUAUACACUAAACACAAAUAUAAAUGCAACAUGUAAAGUGUUGGUCGCAUGUUUCAUGAGCUGAAAUAAAAGAUCCCAGAAAUGUUCCAAAUUCACAUAAAGCUUAAUAAAUAAUAUGCCAUUUAGCAGACGCUUUUAUCCAAAGCGACUUACAGUCAUGCGUGGAUAUUUUUUUUUGUGUAUGGGUGGUCCUGGGGAUCGAACCCACUACCUUGGCGUUACAAGCGCCGUGCUCUACCAGCUGAGCUACAGAGGACCACCCAUACACAAAAACAAUGUAUCUCUAAUGUUGUGCACAAAUAUGUUUACAUCCCCAUUAGUGAGCAUUUCUCCUUUGCCAAGAUAAUCCAUCCACCUGACAAGUGUGGCACGUCAUUAAACAGCAUGGUCAUUACACAGGUGGACCCUUGCCCAGGCAUGUGAAAUCCGUAGGUUAGGGCCUAAUUAAUUUAUUGACUGAUUUCCUUAUAUCUUUAAAAUCUUUAUAUUUUUGUUCAGUAUAGUAAUGCCUUUAAUCUUCCCGUGUCUUUUACAGUAUUUGCCAAGUCUGUGGACAUUUAAAGCUUGGCUUCGUGGUUCCUCCCACUAGCUUUAUGAAUGGUUCUAGAUGUGUUAUGUUGACUGUUGAGUUUCAUACUGCAGAACAAUGAGAGUAGACAAGAGAGCGUCAGACAUGUCUUGUUUCUUUCCUCUGGCACAAAGUAUCUAAUAACGACACAUAUUACUCUUUUAUUUCCUUGUCCCUCUCAAUCCUUCCUCUCCCUGUUUAGGAGGAGCGAACAGGUGUGCUUGGAGACAACCCUAACCUGACAUCCGUUUAUGAUCAAAUCCAGUUAUAUCGCAUGGCGAACAGCGAUGACAUCGACACUGCAUGAAGGAGAGAGAAAACAGGAAGUUACUGAGAGGGUGACAUGAUAAUUAAUAUCCAAGAGAAGGUGUUACAUCCUAAAAAAGACAAAAUUAUAGUAAAUAUCCAUCUAGAAAACUUAAUGGAGGCACAGAUUACUUGAGAAAAUGCCCAUUUAACCAUUGCACUGUUGUUAUUAUUUCAGACUUCCUUUGUUGGUAAUUCUCAGUCUUUUGUUGAAUUGGGGCCUCGAUUAGAUUCACUGAUACAGACAAAUUCAAUAGCUAUGCCUAGCGUUAUUAGUAGGAUGAUCACUCUUUUAAAGUGCCCAUUGUCCCAAUGUAUAGGUUCAAACAAUUGGAAUCUAUCUUUUUAAUACAAUUCAUUAGUGUGUUUGCUAUUCUACUGCUGGGCCAAAGCUUAUUUUCAGUAGUCUGUUCUGUUGUACACAGCUCCCCUGUAUCUUUUCAUAGCUGGUCAUUGUUUAGCUUGUCAGUGGAUAUCAGCUGUGUACAUAUAAUAAAUAGAGCAGGUGUUUGAGAUAAAGCCACCUACUCCUUAGAAGCAAUGGCUGUUAGGCUACGUUGGAAACAAAAAGUCCCCAACUAAAACAUUUUAGUUUCACCAUGUACAUU